AUGGGAGAUGUAGGAUCGAGUGCAGUCGUAGCAGCAGCCACGGCAGAGAAAAAUCCUACACUCUUUCUGAGUACCUAUAACCACACGACCCUUCCGAACAACACCUAUUCUUCCAAUCAAUCUCGCGAGCCGUCGCUCUCGAGCCGUCCUUCUUUACCUUUGACUCCUUAUUCUGAUUCUACGAAUUGGCUAGACAAAGACUCGACCGAUGACCAUCAUUCACGAUUCUCGCAUGUACACACCCCGGAAUCUUCCUACGGGACAAGACCACCGUCAGUCAACGAGGAAGCCAUGCGCUAUCAUCGAAGAAAACAGAGAAAGAAAAAGAUCUAUGAAGAGCGAUUCAUCACAAACGAUCGCUACAGACGUUCUCAUCGUGGACGUCGCUGUCGCCAUGCUCACUCUAGCCAACGUCAGCCCCAGCGCAACGAAAGACGUAAUAGCACCAAUACAAGGUGCCUGAGACAUGUCAAGCAUACCGAGACCCCAGCUGAUAUAGUGCUCGAGGCCCAGCCAGACAAAAUCAAGGUUGUAGUUGACAAGUCCACCAAGAAAAAUGAGAACAACGGCACGACUUGGCGACGUAUCAGUCAAGGUUUAGGACUUGGGAAAUCCAAAAAGAACGAACAACCAGAAGAAAAAUCACCUGUUAAAGCUGAGGAUGAACCGAGAAGAAAGAGCAAGUGGAAGUUCUGGGCUAAGCAGGCACCUGGCGAUGACGCUGAGGCUAGUGAUGCUCCUAAGACAUCAAAUCCCAAAAACGAACCUAAGUUUACGGUCACCUCAGACCCAAGGCCAAGUUUGCUGGAAUCGCGUGAGGAUGCGCCUCUCUCUAUUCAUCUGCAUACGGUUAUGAGGCGAGCAUCCCAAGGGGAGUGA